AGCCAGACGGCCAGAUUUCUCGGUCCUGUAGGGGGCGAGUGGGAUUCAAGCUACAACUUCAACCCGGAACUGUGAAAGUGAUCAAUUAGCUGCUUUGAAACCCUGGAAGUUCGUUGCAGCCCGAAAACUUUUGCCAAGAAAACUUCCCACGGAGAACUGGUUGCCACCACAAAGACGGAAUACAAAUGCUUCCCACCUUCUCCACGCAUUUUCGAGGACAAUAAAUUCGUAUUCUCAACAGGGCCCUGUCUGGCUUGCUCCUCUGAGCUAGGCAGCAGCUGAGUCUCUGACACACACACACACGCUCACACACACUUCAACAUGCCGCCACCAAAGGACAUUGUGAAGAUCGCCAUCCAGAUGCCGGGGGCUUACCCCCAGCUUAUUGAUCUGGACCAGAAAAAGCCCCUCUCGGCUGUGAUCAAGGAAGUUUGCGACGGCUGGAAUCUCCCCGGGCCGGAUAAUUACGCCCUGCAGUACACCGACGGCAUUCAGACCUACAUCACCGAGUCGAACCGUCUGGACAUCAAGAAUGGCAGCAUUCUUCGUCUGACCCAAGCCCCGGGGCGUUGUGCAGAGGACCUGUAUAAGGGGAUUCAGAGCUCAGACGGGGGGGUACGCUGUGACUCCCUGAAGCAGCUGGCGAGCGUGUCCACUGACGUCACCUUCGCCCAGGAGUUCAUCAGCCGCGACGGGCACACCCUGCUGGUGCACAUCGUGGAGAGCGCCAACGAGAAUGCCCUCAUUAUGACUCACACUCUGACAGCCUUCAUGGAGCUGAUGGAUCAUGGGAUAGUGUCCUGGGAGAACCUCUCCUCUGUCUUCAUUAAGAAGAUCGCCAGCUUCGUUAAUGCCAAGUCCCAGGACGCCUCCAUCCAGCAGCUGUCCCUGGCCAUCCUGGGUAACAUGGUGCUCAGCAGCAGCAGCCUCUUCACGCUGGUCAAGCAGGAGGUCACCCUGGAGAGGCUCAUCCUACACAUGCAAGUGACUAACCAGCAGAUCCAGACCAAAGCCAUGGCGCUCCUCAUGGCCCUGCUACUGACAGCAGGCGAGACAGAUAGACAGGAACUUUUUGCAUUCCUUUCGAAGAAAGACGUACGUCAGUAUAUUUACAAGAACAUCAUCCACAGCUCUGGGUCCGUGGGGGACGAGAUGGCCCACUAUCUGUACGUCCUGCAGUCUGUCAGCCUGAACCACCUGGAGCCUCGCAUGAGAACCCCGCUGGACUCCUACAACCAGGACCAGCGGGAGGUCCUCCAUGCUCUGCGUCAGGCAGCGUUUGUGUCAGAGGCCGACAGCGGCCUGAGCCACGAGCGACGCCGCUCUCUCUGUGCCAAAGAGUUCAAGAAGCUGGGCUUCUCCAACAACAGUAACCCCGGCCAGGAUCUGAUCCGGACCCCUCCUGGGCUGCUUGCACUCGACACCAUGACCUACUUUGCCUCGAGCUACCCUGGCGCUUACAGCAGGUUUGUGUUGGAGAACAGCAGCAGAGAGGAUAAACAUGAAUGCCCGUUCGCUCGCAGCAGUAUUCAGCUCACCCUCAUCCUGUGUGAGAUCCUGCGUAUCGGGGAGCCCCCGUCGGAGACGGGCUCGGACUACCACCCGGUGUUCUUCUCCCAGGACUGCCUGCUGAAUGAGCUCUUCUGCAUCUGCAUUCAGCUACUCAACAAGACCUGGAAGGAGAUGAGGGCCACGCAGGAGGACUUUGACAAGGUGAUGCAGGUUGUCCGGGAGCAGAUCACUCGGACCCUGUCCACCAAGCCCACCUCCCUGGAGCUCUUCAAGAACAAGGUGAACGCCCUGAACUACAGCGAGAUCCUCAAACUGCGGCAGACCGAGCGACUGCACCAGGAAGAGACCCUCGCCCCGCCCGUGCUAGAGCUGAAGGAGAGGCUGAAGCCGGAGCUGUUGGAGCUCAUUCGGCAGCAGAGGCUGAACCGCCUGUGCCACGGAACUCUUUUCCGCAAGAUCAGCAGCCGGCGCAGGCAGGAUAAGCUGUGGUACUGCCGGCUCUCGCCCAAUCACAAAGUCCUGCACUAUGGCGACGUUGAGGAGGACUCGGACACGCCCCCCAUUGAGAUGCUGCAGGAAAAGAUCCCUGUGUCUGAUAUCAAAGCACUACUGACAGGGAAAGACUGUCCACACAUGAAAGAGUACAAGGGCAAGCAGAAUAAAGAAGUGUUGGACCUGGCCUUCAGCAUCACAUACGACGUGGAGGAGGACAACCUUAACUUCAUCGCCUCCUCCAGAACUGACUUCUGUCUAUGGACGGACGGGCUGAGUGUUCUCCUUGGGCGGGACAUGACCAGCGAGUGCAUGCGCAGUGAACUGGAGAUCCUGCUCUCCAUGGAGAUCAAGCUCCGCCUCCUGGACCUGGAGAACGUCCCCAUCCCGGAAAGCGCGCCCCCUAUUCCCAAACCGCCCAGCAACUUCAACUUCUGCUACGACUACAGUCAGACGGAGCAGUAGGACCUGCUGGGUGGCAGGGAUAUGUACGACAGACAGAGUCACUGACAGAGAGCAUGAGUGCCCAUAGGUGGGUCUGUGUGUGUGUGGGGGGGGGGGGUAGUGUGGUCAUUGGAUGUGACUUGAUUUGGUGAGACAAUCCUUGUGGUAGGUGUGGCCACAGAGCGUACGUGGUUAUUUCAUAUAAGCAGAUGUGUGACUUUAAAAAAGAAAAGAAAACCUGGGGGAUGUGGCUUUUAGAGGGGUGGAGUCUCUGGGACCCUCAUUUUGGUCCAUAAAAUAUUUGUUUCAUACUGUAUGACUCUGGGCGCAAGGAUUACGGUGCAGCCUGGAGAUGGCUGCUAAGGACACGAUAACAACUCCGGUGAACACUUUACAUCCCUCUACCUCACUCCUAGCCUCUCCCACCUUUGGGCGAUUCAGUUAUUCCUUAUUUCUCUUUAUUUCAUUUAAUUUUUGGGGGAUAUAGUGGUACAAGGCUUGCAGUGCGUGAUGUCAUCACACUGAGCUGCACUCAUUGGUGUUUUUGGAAGACCUAAAAAGACUGUCUAAGAGCACCUCUGGUCUGCUGGGGUCCAACAUGGAGGCCAGUCCUCGACGGUACGGGACGUUCAGUCUACAGAGCUCCACCUUCAGUCUACAGAGCUCCACGUUUAGUAUACAGAGACCCAUGUAUUCACCUGGUUUCUGGCCCUAAGGUGCACUUUCUCCCGCAUAAAUCCUCAAAAUGCAGACCAUUGACACGUUGAAAGAAUUAACAGUAACAAUUCCACUAAAAACCUCAAAAGCAUUGUGUGUUCAAUGUUCAAAUCAUUUCUGUUAUUUCUUUGACUAAUGAAAUGCCACUGUUUGAGACUGUUUUGUCUUACAUGAUUUGAUCUAUGUGAAGAUUUUCAUUUUGGCUGCCUUUGGCUUGUCCCAAAGCAUUUACUCACUGAAUCCGAGAGGCAGUGAAUAAAAAAACAACUCCUGAA